AACGGCUCCUCACAAUCACCACACACGUCAUACGUCACUGGGGUCAAACAGGAAGCGACGACGAGCGUCGACGAGGAAGAUGCAAAAAAAGAAACGGAUUUCAGAAGUGAUCCCGACAGAUUAGCCAGUGGUGGGGGCUCCAUUGAUAAUACCCGCCUAUAGACACACCUUCUUAAAUAGAGAGUGUGUAUGCCUGGUGUCCAGUUUAAGGCUGACGGACGAGGCGACUGUGUAAUCGAAGCAACUGCGUCUGUUUACAAACAAACGACAAGCGAUCUCCUGCGGUCAGGCAGCACUCUAGAUCGGGCGCGUAGUUCUUCUAUUAUGGAUCAUUUAGAAGGGAUGCUGGAUCGGGACCAAAGGACCGCGAAGAUGCGAUAUCUGACAAGUGAUAGUGACAAAUCGACGGGAAGUCGCGGGUUUUUUAGUUCAUGUAGUCUUUUAGCCAAAUGUGAUUGUUUUAGAAGGACAGACCGGUACGGCGUGAAGUACUUCAUAGGGAAUACGGGAUACUUAGCACGAAGGUUACGAAGUCUCAAGAACGUCCUAUUAGUGAGCGUAUACCUAAUAUUAGUGAGCCUACCGCCGACGAAUUCAGCGCCAUCUUCAAUAAGGAUGCAGAGCAACGGCCAAAGACAGCGGCACGAGCAGCAGCCCAAGUGGAUCAACCCCUGUGGGUAUCCGAAUAACUGCUCGGACCCUGAGCAUGGCGCGGGGGCGUCCACGGUGUCAGACAAGGACCUGGUCACGCAGAUCGUCACGCAGACCGGGGUGGCCCUAAACUGGGCGAAGGAGUUUAAAGAAACUUAUGCUCAAAGAACCUUUAACAAAAAUUCUACCUCGCUGCAUAAGAUGAUGGAAGAUCAAAAGAUCGAGUGGUUAGAGUUGCUGCCUAAAAAACUAGGAGAAGAACUGGACCAGGAGUACUUGAAAAAUUUAGUGCUGGAUGACACGUUACUAAACGUAUACAGAUAUCUGCAGACCAUCGCGGUAGGUCUGGAGCAGAUGACCUGGGACCAGGAGGACCGCAACGGUGACUUCAUCAACGAGUUCCGCGUGAUGGAACAACAACUUAGGAGCGUUCUGUGCGAGCUACAGAACACGAUGUGCGAGAAAAGCAUCCCGAUCCAGUACAAUGUUCAACGUGACGUCAUGAAAGAUGAAUACAGACGUGACAAGGAUGCCACUUCCAUCAGCCCCAGGGACUGGAUCAUCUUCAGAGAGUACAUGAAUACGUUGGAGUACGUCCUUCAGACCUUUCGACAUCUUAAGGAGAGACUCUGAAGGAGUACCUGGCCAGUUGGUGACCUGGUGCGAUGGUUCUCAAGAGUUUUAUAGUAUUUGACGACCAUUUGAGGAUUUAUCUUAUUGUUGUUUGUUUCAGGAUGUCAGCAUUUUGUAUUUUGUAUUUAAAAAAAUUGAUUUGGAGUACAUACUAUGCGAAGGUGAUGAAGGAUCAAAUGCCGGGAUGCUUGUGUUCUCGGAAACAUCUCCUGAAAUACUCGCUGUAUGCUAAUGACUUAAAGAAUAUUCAAUGUACACACUAGUACAAAGAUAUUCAGUAAAUAAAAGUCUUGGAAGUCGACGAUGUGCACUGGCACGCAUUCUAAUUAUGAAGACUAUAAUUCAUUUUGGGAAUUAUUAGUACCGAUAGUACUGACACCAGACAUUCUUGAUAUUUCACUUCAUAUCUAUCUUACCAGUGACAAUGAUGCUUGAUAUCUCCGAUUCAAUGAAUCCACAAAAGGAUUUUUAAAGAAUAAUUUGUCAAAAAUACUAUAAUAUUAGACUAUAUAUUCAAAUUACGACAAACAUCAAGUUUCCUGGUGCCACUUCCAAACAUCCAUCCAAAAGGAUGACCUCACUGAGCAUACUAACAUUUUGGAUAAUGUUCCGAUUUGAUUUGAAAUUGUGAGACUUUUGAAACUAUCAACGAAGUAUUAUUGUGUGAGGAUUGAAGCGUGUGUAGACAUGUUUUAUGAAAAUCCGGUAUCUAGUACUUAUUGUUAAACGUUGAUUAUUGUAUUUGGCGGUAGUCACAUUUUUAAUUUAUUUUAAAUAGUAAGAUUAUUUAUUGUAAUUUUAUUCUUUUAUUUAUUUUAAGUUGUACAUAUUUAUACUAUAUUGAUUUUUAUAAGUAUUAUUACUGACUUUUUGUGACUGAAUGUUUCUAUCUUAAAAUUGUAUUUAAAAUGUGUACAUUUUAAAAUUUUUAGAUCUGUGAUACAAAUACAGUAC